AUGUCCUCCAGUCCGAAUCGCGGAUCGAAGGCGGCUGGUACGAACAGUCGGCCGUCCAGCAAGGAUGGUUCUAAGAAGAAUAUUUGGUCUUCUCUGCUAGAUGGCGUCGCCAAUGGAAAGCGCUUGCCUGAGAAGAAUCUUUUGAUUCUAGAUACACUGGCGCGUGUCUCGGCCUACCUCUUGUCCGAACCCUCUCCGUCAUUUGCUCCGCUUCUCAAACCGCUCCUAACCCCUCAAUCCGUCCCGGAAACACUGGUUGUCAUCCUGAUGGAUUGGUCAGACCCCUGGACAUGGAUUCGCAGACUACGAGAAUGGGUCCGUCUUCUUCGUUCAGUCCUUGUUUCGCUCAACGAUGAUACAAAAAUCGUGAUGGAAGAGACUAUGACGGAAUGGCGCGACCGCAAACGAGGAAUGGAUGCUAGCUCUGCUGCGACGGGAGGUCUGCCAAAUUCUGGUGGGCCAGUCACAAUACCCUUGGGACCUGGCGAGUGGGACGAAGGACUCGGUAUCCCAAUGAUUCGAUAUGGAAGGAGCCUCGACCGCCUGGUCAAUCGAGAUCCAGGAUCCCCCCAGCCGCUGGAUCAACCCACGAACAUCAAUGCGGACGCCGAAGAUGAUGGCACAAGUGCUGUGACGGUGUUCGAACAAACCAUCAAAGAUCCCAAGCGCGACACUUCAAUCGCCAACCCCACCGCCAACCCCCACGGCUCCAAGAUCGAAGUCGAGACCAAUGAUAUGCAAUUUUUCUUUGCCGAUCAACUCGACCUCCUGGAGAAGCUCAGAGCCGACGACGAGAAGGAGCGCGCCAACCAGCAAGUCCCGCAGUUGGAGAUGUCGCCAAUGGACGAGGGAAAGGUCAACGAGCACAUCGGUCCCGUCCAAUUCAAUAUGGGCGGCAUUCAAGUGGACGCCGAGGACAUGCUGAAGAAGCUUCGCGACCGCGAAGCAAGUCGCGCCCAAAAAACCCAACCAGUACCCUCAGCCCCCGGCGACGAAAAAGCUCACAACCAAGCCUUGGCCAACUUCUUCGCCGGUCUCGUCAAGAAGCCCGGCAGCAGUCCUCGUGGAAGCCCUUCUGCGUGA